GUCUAGUUUUGCUUUUAACUUCACAUUCUAAAUUUUCGGCAACAAUGAGACAUGGACAUCUACUAAAAAAAUUACCAUCGUUUUUUUUGCCGCUGCAAGGAUUUCUAAAAGUUAAUUACAGUAUACCCCAAGCAUUGGAUGUCGUAUCCAUGUACUAUGAAAUCUAUGAACUGCCGCACAGUCAGCUUAAGUCGCCGCCCAUAUUGUUCAUGCAUGACUUGAAUUUUUCGCAUAUUUCCUGGCGUCGUGUAGCUCGUCAUUUGUCCAAGACGGGACCACGACGCGUCAUUAUAGUGGAUGCACGCAAUCAUGGCCUCAGCCAACAUAGUCCGCAUCAUACGCCGGCGCAUAUGGCUGGGGACGUGGUUGCGCUUAUGAAGGAUCAGCGACUCAGCCGCAUAACAGCGAUAGGCAUGGGCAUGGGCGGCAGAGCCUUAAUGACGCUGGCGCUCACGCAACCUCAGCUGGUGGAGCGAGCGAUAUUUAUAAACAUAACGCCAGCUCCGCUGCCCAAAGGUUUUUAUCUCAGCGAGGAGUUGUUUCAGCUAAUGCUAAAGCUGGAACGUUCUAUACCCCAUGGGUAUAAUCUUUCCGAGGGUCGCAGAUUUGUACUAGCGCACUUGAAUAAGCUGGUAAAGGAGGAGAUGGACUUAAUGUUGGUUAUACGUAAUCUGCUUAAGCUGCAUUCCGGCAGAUUCGCUUGGGCAGUAAACGCACAAGCCAUACUCGAUGGCUGGCGUGACACUAUGAGCGACUACGAGCAGACAAUCAAAGGACUGCAGCCGUAUAAAGGUCAAGUAUAUGGAUGCAGGUUAUACGCCGCAAUUGGAACAGCCAGAUGAGUUUAUAAAACUAGUGGCCGACUUUACGAGACGUUGAGCGG